CGUGCCUGCGUGUGUGUGUGAGGGAGUGAGGGAGGGGGGGAGAGCGAGCGAAGGAACGAGCGCGCGCUUGAGGCCUUGCUUCCCGCGUCGAGCCUUCGUCUCUGUCGCCAUGUCGGACUACAGCGCCGCCGGGCCCCCACCGCCUUCCGCUGGGCCGCCGGGCGCAGGAGCAGGUGGAGGAGCCGGGCCUGCGGGGCCUCCCAACCAAGGCGGCGGCGGUGGCGGAGGAGGAGGUGGCGGGGGAGGAGGACAGGCCGGGGGAGCGGCCGGCCCGGGACCAGGUGGGAUCCGCAAGGACGCCUUCGCUGAUGCGGUCCAGCGGGCCCGGCAGAUAGCAGCUAAAAUUGGAGGAGACUCUGCCACAACAGUGAACAACACUACCCCUGAUUUCGGGUUUGGUGGUCAAAAGCGACAACUGGAGGAUGGAGACCAGCCAGAAAGCAAGAAGAUGGCCCCUCAGCCAGAACCCAUGCCACCACCCCCUCAGCUUGGACCGAUCCAUCCUCCUCCUAGGUCUACAGUGACUGAAGAGUACAGAGUACCUGAUGGCAUGGUUGGACUCAUUAUAGGAAGAGGAGGGGAGCAGAUCAACAAAAUACAACAAGACUCUGGGUGCAAAGUACAGAUCUCACCAGACAGUGGAGGUUUGCCAGAGAGGAGUGUGUCUCUGACAGGAUCACCAGAAUCUGUCCAAAAGGCAAAAAUGAUGCUUGAUGACAUCGUGUCUCGAGGGCGUGGUGGGCCACCCAGCCAGUUUCAUGAUAACUCCAAUGGGCAAAAUGGUACAGUGCAGGAAAUCAUGAUCCCAGCUGGGAAGGCAGGCCUGGUGAUCGGCAAAGGCGGAGAGACCAUCAAACAGUUGCAGGAGCGGGCUGGAGUGAAAAUGAUUUUAAUUCAGGACGGUUCACAAAACACAAAUGUAGAUAAGCCUCUUCGGAUAAUUGGCGACCCCUACAAAGUGCAGCAAGCCUGUGAAAUGGUAAUGGACAUCUUAAGAGAGCGGGACCAGGGAGGUUUUGGUGACCGGAAUGAAUACGGUUCCAGGAUUGGCGGAGGAAUUGAUGUCCCUGUGCCCAGGCAUUCUGUUGGGGUGGUUAUUGGUCGUAGUGGCGAAAUGAUUAAGAAAAUACAAAAUGACGCUGGAGUUAGGAUACAGUUCAAGCAAGAUGAUGGCACGGGUCCUGAAAAAAUUGCCCAUAUCAUGGGUCCUCCUGACAGAUGUGAACAUGCUGCCAGGAUUAUCAAUGAUCUUCUUCAGAGUCUCCGGAGUGGCCCCCCAGGCCCGCCGGGAUCAGGAAUGCCUCCUGGAGGCAGAGGGCGAGGAAGGGGGCAGGGUAACUGGGGGCCUCCUGGAGGAGAGAUGACCUUCUCCAUCCCAACACAUAAGUGUGGGCUAGUCAUUGGCAGAGGUGGAGAAAACGUGAAGGCCAUAAAUCAGCAGACGGGAGCCUUUGUAGAAAUAUCCCGGCAACUGCCACCUAACGGAGACCCCAACUUCAAACUCUUCAUCAUUCGUGGCUCACCUCAGCAAAUUGACCAUGCCAAGCAGCUCAUUGAGGAAAAGAUUGAGGGUCCUCUCUGUCCCGUGGGCCCAGGACCUGGGCCUGGAGGGCCUCCUGGACCAGCACCAAUGGGCCCUUUCAACCCCGGGCCUUUCAAUCAAGGGCCACCCAGUGCACCACCUCACCCUGGGGGGCCACCGCCUCCACAGUAUCCACCCCAAGGUUGGGGAAAUGCCUACCCGCAAUGGCAGCCUCCUGCUCCUCAUGAUCCAACAUUCUGUCCUGUUCCCCUUCCAGGCAAAGCCGCUGCUGCAGACCCCAACGCUGCCUGGGCCGCUUAUUACUCGCAUUACUACCAGCAGCCGCCUGGCCCCGUGCCGGGAGCCCCACCAGCCCCCACAGCGCCCCCCGUGCAAGGAGAGCCCCCGCAGCCGCCCCCCACUGGACAGUCGGACUACACCAAGGCCUGGGAGGAAUAUUACAAGAAACUAGGCCAGCAGCCCCAGCAGCCCGGAGCUCCACCACAGCAGGACUACACAAAAGCCUGGGAGGAAUAUUAUAAGAAGCAAGCAGCCCAAGUAGCUACUGGGGCAGGGCCAACCGCACCACCAGGACCUCAGCCAGACUACAGCGCAGCCUGGGCAGAAUACUACAGACAACAAGCUGCCUACUAUGGACAGACGCCUGGCGCUGGUGGACCAGUGCCACCACCCACACAGCAGGGACAGCAGGCUCAGUGAGUUGAAUGUGAUCCUCCCCAUCUCUGAGAACCUUUUUGUUUUGGAAAGAGAGGUGGCUGCUGCAGGAAGUGACGGGGUGGGAAGGGAACUGGCCUGUUGCUCUGAUUGCUGGGUUUCUCCCAGUAAAUCUGGGCUCCGCCGCCUUCAAGAAUCUCUCUUUAAAAUAAAUCCAGACCUCCAGACCCCUAAUGUUGAGCCAGCAGCUGUAGAAGAUAGCCGACUAAAACCGCUGCCGCCGCCAGACCCCAUCCUGCCUGACACACACCUCAGUUUUCAGGGUAACACUUCCUCUUUUCUGUUUUUUUUUUUUAAAAUAAACUUUACAAGGAAAAGUCACUCUGCUUUUUAGUUAGAGUUGGAACAUUCCUCGGACAAAGGUGUCGGUGUUUCAGACAACCCCUUCCCCGCCCCUCCAUUUCUCCACUGCUGGGACUGAUCUGUCGUGUUUUUGUCUGUUCAAGAGGAAACAAAACAAUUGUAUGCUCAAUUUUUACUUUUUACCGCUCGUUUUUAACUUCACAAAUAAAUGAUAACAAAACAUCCCCCUGUGUCUGCUGGGUGGUGUCUGUCUUUCUCUUUCUGUCCAUAGGGUUUUUUGAAGCUGAUGUUUGUUCACAAUAUAGCUGUUGUAAAAGCCUGAUAAUGGUCAUGAAUUAAGAGCUUCCUGUGUUUUUAUAGUUUGAGCAAGCAUUUGUGCAUUUUUUUUGUUGAAUAAAAUGCUUUUUUGUUUUAAA